AUGCUACAUGCGACGUUGAAGUAUUUGCGCCAAGGCGGGCGGCAGUGGAUGGAGAAGCAGGCCCGCGACCCGUUUGUGUUGGAGGCUCGCCGACGCGGUUACGUCGCACGUAGUGCCUUCAAACUGAUAGACAUGGACGACAAAUUCGGCCUUUUCGCCCACCACCGCACACGCGUUGUGGUAGACAUAGGCUGCAGCCCGGGCGGCUGGCUGCAGGUCGCACGUGAGCGCUGCGGCGACCGCUGUGCCCUCUUUGGGGUGGAUCUGCUGCACGUGUCUCCCACAGUGACAGGCGCGGCGUGCAUUCAGGGCGACUUCACCGACACGGCGGUUCAGCAGGAACUUCUCGCCCGCAUGGCACACGUUCAAGCCACUGGGGUGGUGGAUGUGGUGCUGUCGGACAUGUGCCUCAACCGCGGCUCUGGCGGCACCGACGAUCGACAGAAGCAGGUGGAGCUGAACAUGAAGGCGCUAGCCUUCGCCGCGAGUCAGUUGAAGCCGGGCGGAAAUUUUGUCUGCAAAGUCCUUGGCACACCAACCGCGUAUGAGGAGCUGCACAGGGAACUGCAGAGGUGGUUUGUGCGUGUCACGCUUUGUAAGCCUUCCUCGAGCCGCCGUGGGAGUGACGAGGCGUUCAUGGUGUGCCUCGCAAAGAGACAGACGCCGCGGCCGCGCGGAUACGGCACCGCACACGGUGAGGCACGCGGUUUUGGACUGGAUGACUGGCCAGGCCUUCUGCGCAGGCCACGGCAGCGACGAUGA